GGAAAAACUCCAGCUCCCUUCCCACUCCCAGCUGCCUCGCCACCCCUCCCAGCCCUCUGCUUGCCCUCCACCUGGCCUGCUGGGAGUCAGAGCCCAGCAAAACCUGUUUAGAUACAUGGACAAGAAUCCCAGCGCUACGAGGCACACAGUCCGCUUCUUCGUCCUCAGGGUUGCCAGCGCUUCCUGGAAGUCCUGAAGCUCUCGCAGUGCAGCCUCGCCGUCCCCCUGGCCUCUCUCCCCGGCUCGCACAUGAAGAUGCACUUGCAAAGGGCUCUGGUGGUCCUGGCCCUGCUGAACUUUGCCACGGUCAGCCUCGCUCUGUCCACUUGCACCACCUUGGACUUCGGCCACAUCAAGAAGAAGAGGGUGGAAGCCAUUAGGGGACAGAUCUUGAGCAAGCUCAGGCUAACCAGCCCCCCUGAGCCAUCAGUGAUGACCCACGUCCCCUAUCAGGUCCUGGCCCUUUACAACAGCACCCGGGAGCUGCUGGAGGAGAUGCAGGGGGAGAAGGAAGAAGGCUGCACUCAGGAAAACACCGAGUCGGAAUACUAUGCCAAAGAAAUCCAUAAAUUCGACAUGAUCCAGGGACUGGCGGAGCACAAUGAGCUGGCCGUCUGCCCCAAAGGAAUUACCUCCAAGGUUUUCCGCUUUAAUGUGUCCUCAGUGGAGAAAAAUGGAACCAACCUGUUCCGAGCAGAAUUCCGGGUCUUGCGGGUGCCCAAUCCUAGCUCCAAGCGCAACGAGCAGAGGAUCGAGCUCUUCCAGAUACUUCGGCCGGAUGAGCACAUCGCCAAACAGCGCUAUAUUGGUGGCAAGAAUCUGCCCACACGGGGCACUGCCGAGUGGUUGUCUUUCGAUGUCACUGACACUGUGCGUGAGUGGCUAUUGAGAAGAGAGUCCAACUUAGGUUUGGAAAUCAGCAUUCACUGUCCAUGUCACACCUUUCAGCCCAAUGGAGAUAUCCUGGAAAACAUCCAUGAGGUGAUGGAAAUCAAAUUCAAAGGUGUGGACAAUGAGGAUGAUCAUGGCCGUGGCGAUCUGGGGCGCCUCAAGAAGCAGAAGGACCACCACAGCCCUCAUCUCAUCCUCAUGAUGAUUCCCCCACACCGGCUUGACAGCCCGGGCCAAGGGGGCCAGAGAAAGAAGCGGGCCCUGGACACCAAUUACUGCUUCCGCAACCUGGAGGAGAAUUGCUGUGUGCGCCCCCUCUACAUUGACUUCCGGCAGGAUCUAGGCUGGAAAUGGGUCCAUGAACCUAAGGGCUACUAUGCCAACUUCUGCUCAGGCCCUUGCCCGUACCUCCGCAGUGCAGACACGACCCACAGCACGGUGCUGGGACUGUACAACACCUUGAACCCUGAAGCAUCUGCCUCGCCUUGCUGUGUGCCCCAGGACUUGGAGCCCCUGACCAUCCUGUACUAUGUCGGGAGGACCCCCAAGGUGGAGCAGCUCUCCAACAUGGUGGUGAAGUCUUGUAAGUGUAGCUGAGACCCCACCUGCGACAGAGAGAGAAAGAGAGAGAGAGAGAGAGGAGAGAGAACUGCCGCGCCUGACUGCCCGCUCCUCGGGAAACACAAAAGCAACAGACCUCACCCAGAGGCCUGGAGCCCACACUCUGGCUCUGGGCGAAUGGCUGAGAUGGAGGUCUCCUUCUGGGACAUUUCUCUUUCUUGCUGGCUCUGAGAAUCACUGUGGUAAAGAAAGUGUGUGUUUGGUUAGGGGAAGGCCGAACUCUUCAGAACUCACAGAUUUUCUGUGAUACAGACAGAAGUGGUGGGUGUAGAGGAAAAGGGAUGGCAAGUCGACACGUCGUGUGGCAAUGGGAUUUGGGCUACCUAGGGAGGAGGAAGGGCAGAGAAUGGCCAGGUUGGGGCCAGACUGGAAGACACUUGGGAUCUGAGGUCAGAUAUGCUCAUUGCUGUGCCACAUUUGCUGUGGGAAUCUGGAUUAUGUUAUACAGGCAAGCAUUUUUUUUUUUCCUCCAGAAAAGUUACCAAGAUAUCUUGGGGUACCUGGGAUUAAGGGCAAAUCUUGUCAUUUUUGCAAAUUGUCCUCUCUACAUCAAUAGCAUUGUGGGUCACCAUAGGGAGAAAAUCCAGGUAAUGUAGUUCCAGGGCCAUCAACUAUAUUAGGCCUUAUGGAUAUUCUGAACUCAGAAGCAAAGGGUGAGAAUUAACACUCUCCUGUCUGCCCUCUGGGUCCCUCCUCUCACCUUCCUCCCCAAUCUUAUUCCCCUGGACAUCUGGCUAGACGCCUUCCAGGUCAGGGUGCACAUGUCUGGAUUGUGGGUCCAUGCAGCCUCGGGCAUUAUGGGUUCUCCCGCUUCCCCCCAAGACCCUGUGUUCAUUUGGUGUUCCUGGAAGCAGGUGCUACAAUCCGUGAGGCGUUCGGGGAAGCUGCGCAUGUGCCACACAAUGACUUGGCCCAGACGCAUAGACUGAGGUAUGAAGACACAUACAAAUAUUACUCUCAAAAUCUCUGUAUAAAUAAAUACUGUUGGGGAAUCUUGGAUGAUUUCGUCUUCUGGAAGAUUGUUUCUGGAACAGUAAAAGCCUUAUUCUAAGGUGUAUGACUCGAUAAAUAUCCUUAAUUAUCCUU